AUGGCUUUAGAGCAGAGGGCUCUGACUAUUGUCAUUGUCAAUUUUGUCUUCCUCGCCUUAUCGACAAUUACAUUAGCACUGAGAUGUUUCGUCCGCACGACGCGCGAAGUCUUCGGCUUGGACGACUGGAUGAUAUUGUUGGGAUGGGCUAUGUUCGUAAUAAAUGUCUGCAUGUCAACCAUGGCAGCAGUCAAUGGUCUGGGUGUCCAUAACCUGACUAUCACUGCCGCAGAAAUGGCACCAGCAGUCAAGUAUUUUACUAUGUUCCAAUUAUUCACAUUGACGGGUACAUUACCCGUCAAAACGAGCAUUUGCAUCUCCCUAAUGCGCAUCACACCCAACCCGACCUACAAAAAGAUUCUCUACGCAAUCAUGGCCGGAUCCGUCAUUACCGUCCUCAUUUCCGACGUCGUCGUCAUCGUAACAUGCCGCCCCAUGUCAUUUACCUGGGAUAAAACUAUACCCGAUGGAAAAUGCAGCAGCAUCAAUGCUAUCCUCGCCCUCAGCUACUGUUUCUCCGCCAUGAACAUCGUCACCGAUCUAUCCACUGCCGUUCUCCCCAUAUUCAUCGUCUGGAAUUUGAAACUCUCCCCUCGAAUCAAAGUCGCCAUUAGCAUCCUCUUAGGAAUGGGUAUGUUCGCCAGCAUCGCCACGAUUAUCCGCCUCAAAUAUUUUCCAAACUACGCUAAAGCCAUCGACUAUCUCUACGGCGUCGCUCCCAUCGUCUGGUGGUCUACCAUCGAAACCGGUCUUGGGAUCAUCGCAGCUAGUCUUAGUGCUCUUCGACCUCUCUUCCGUUUCGCGCUUGGAAAUGGUAGUUAUGGUCCCUCGGACGACAAAGCUAGUCCCCCCACAAUCGGUACCCCGCGUCAAAAAGGCUAUAUGAAAGCUCGCGCCAUAAAGUUGCAGAAUAUUGAAGAUGGGUUAGCAACGACGAUGGUUACGAGGACCGGAAAUGAGAAUGAGAAUGGGAGUCAUUAUAAUGAAAGUUCAAAUAAUAGCGAAGGAGAAGGAGAUGGAGAUAAAUCGAGUCAAAAGGGUAUAUUGCAUCAUAUCCCAGAACAACCGGAACAGGAUUAUACGGGAGAGGAAAAUGGAAUUAUGGUUUCGCAUAGUUAUAAUGUAGAGGAUGGAAAUGAUGUCGAUAAAGCUCAUUCGAGGAGUGCAGGUCAUAGACAUAAUGGUAGUCAUGGCUCGAGGGAAAGGAAAAUUCAGGAUAUAAUAUGA